AUGAAUGACGGUACACUCGCCAUUAGUGGGGAGAAGAUUCCAUCGCGAAAUGUAGGUGGUGAUGGUUUUGUUGUGCACCCAUAUGUCGUCCAUCUUGUCGAUUCUGACCAGAUCCUGCCACCUCGUCUGACCAUUCUUCGCCUUCGCCCUCUGCGCCAAAAACCCAUCAGCAUCAUGAUCUGCUACUCACCAAUAUCAGCAGCUGAUGAAUCCGGAUUGGAGGCGUUUUUGAGGAGUUAG